GGGGAUGGGUAGGACAGGGACUCUGUAUACAUGGCCCUGGUUGCAGCCUCUGUGUUAAGGAAAAUAAAUGCAGGAGGGGCCCAAGCUAUGUUAAGAGCAGCGAAGCUUUUGCCCUCAGCUCCAGUUAGGAUCUGCCGAAGUAGAAAGUGGAAAUGCAUGUGAAUAAGGGUGGGAAAAGGGGUCCUGGUGGGAUGUCCCUUAUGUCUGUGUGGGUGCAGAGUUGGCAGGGGGGCAAGGGUGAAAAAAUGCAGGAGAGGCAGUAUGAAAUAUGGAUUUCAUCCCUUCCUGCAGGUGAGGAGGUAACAGAGGUUGCUGCAUUGUAACAAUCUGUCCCCAUGGUCAGCCUCCCCCAGCACCAGGCCUGGGGCCCUUCAGGCUUUGCAGCCAUGGGCAAAGGGUUUUACUGCUGGCAGAUUCACGGGAGGAGUGUUUGUCAGAUGUGUCAUCUCUAAAAGGAGCUGCAUUGCACGUAGCUGUGUGGGGUCUCUUCCAAGUAAAACCCUCUUCCCUGUAAGCAGGACAGCCUCCCUGAAAUGCCCCAAAUGGGUUUCUUGGCAAAAUCAGGGCUUUGAGUAAUCUGACUCAGCACUUCCACCAGAGCAUUCAGAUUUUGGAGGAAUACUUGGACUUCCAACAUGGCUGUAUUUCCGUAGACAUGGUCUGUCUAACACACGCAUGCUUUGGUCUUCUGGAAACAUUCAUCUGGAAAGUAAAAACCUCACUGACCUUCAGGAACCGCUCUCCUGCUACAAGAUAACACCCACAUUUUGCUCCAGAUCAUCCCAUGCUCCUGGGGGAGAAGAAAAGGCAAUGGCUGCUCCACAGUUCGUUCAGAUGCUGGUGACCUUUGAGGAGGUGGCUGUGUACUUUUCAGAGGUAGAGUGGACUCUACUGGACCCCGGUCAGAAAGCCCUCUACAGGGAUGUCAUGCAGGAGAACUAUGAGACUGUGACAUCACUAGGACUUCUGAUUUCCAAACCUGAUGUGGUGUCUCAGCUGGAGCAGGGGGAAGAUCCAUGGGUCUUGGAUCUCCAGGGCUCUGAGGAAAAGGAGCCCCUGAGCUGGACCCAUGCAGGCAGUGGGAUGAGUGAGAACGAUGAGGACAGCCCCCAGGAGGAGGGUCCUUGGCAGGUGGAACCACAGAAGAGGUCACUGAGAAGACCCAGAGAGAGUGACUGUGCACAAGGAGAGGCCUCUAGGAGUGACCUGGGCACAGAGAGGCAGAUGGAAACCCUCAUGAGCAAGGAACAGGGUAAAUCAACCACCCACCAGAAUGGAGCCUCCAGUGAUCUACACAUGACUAAGAUGCAGCAGAUGGCAGAGGGGCAGAACGCGUGUCCAGACUGUGGAAAAAUCUUCAGUUGCAACUCGCACCUUGUCAGACAUCAGAGAACCCACACAGGAGAGAAGCCCUACAAAUGCCCUGACUGUGGGAAAAGCUUCAGACAGAGCUCCCAUGUGAUGAUACAUCAGAGAAUCCACACAGGAGUGAGACCCUACAAGUGUGAUGAGUGUGGGAAAGGCUUCCAUUGCAGUACGCACCUUCUCCGGCACCAGAGACUACACACAACGGAGAAACGUCGCAAUUUCCCUGCCUGGGCUUCUGUGAACAGCUUAUUUCCUGCACCUAUGAGUAUCCAGCUCCCUGUCUGUGGAGUUGGAGGGCAGCUGCACGUGCCCCUGGGCUGCUCAGUGAAUCUCUGGCUCUGCCUCCUUUAGAAAACCCCAGGAAAGGCAGGAGACAUUGCAGUCCUCUCCACCUCGGCCUGGCUGCCAGACCGUUUCUACCUCUGCUGCUGGGAUGAGAAAGAAUGAACUUCUGUCUGGACUCAAAUACCUCUCCACUAACCAAGUCAUGUUCCUCCAUGGAGGAUGCUUGCACUAAACAUCCUUUUUCUAGCCAGCACGCUCUCUCUGCCGCAUCAGCUGUGAUGUGGGUUGUGACUCUCUCUUCUCUGAAGCCAUUGAUUUAUAGAACAGGUUUCCCCUAGACCCGUGUUGCUUGACUUCUUGGUCCUAUGGGCCACAGGAGUGGUGUACGGCAUGUCUGCAGGCUGGAUUGGGCCCUGGGGACCUGAUGCCAAGGUGAAAGAACUGGUUCCAAGAGAUUUCCUGUUUGCAGAUGAUGCAGCUUUGGUUGCUCACAGUGAAUCUUCCCUGCAAAAUCGUUUGGGCAGAUUUUCUGAAACAUGAAAGAGCUUCAGGAUAGCAAUUAAUCUCAAGAAGACUGUGGUCAUGUACCAAGGGGUGAAAGAACCAGUGCCUGACAUCAGGAUGAAUUUUUUGGUGCUGUUGACAGUUUUUGCUACUUGGGUUCUAUGAUCAGCAGGAAUCUUGACCUUCAGACUGAACUGACUGAUAGAAAUAGAAAAGAAGCUAAGAAUUUGGGGCUAUUACAGAAACGUGCAUGGAAGAACAGCAAACUAUCAGUGAAGGUGAAUAUAUGAAUCUACAAGACUUUUGUGCUGUCUUUCCUGCUUUAUGGUUCAGAAAUGUGGACUACAUAUGCUAGACUGAACAGCUUCCACAUGAGAUACCUGUGUAAGAUCCUGAAAAUAAAGUGGGAAGAUCAAAAUAUGAAACACAGAGGUACUGAAGUGCUCAGGACUAACACACUUAGAAACCACUGUCAAGAAGAGGAGAUUGCAAUGGACUGGCUGCGUCAGGAGAAUGGGAGAAGACCAUACCCCCAAAAUCUUUUGUAUAGCUAGAUUCAAGACAGCUCUAGAAAAUAGGGUGGCUCUAAGGCGGGGUACCAUGACUGAAGUCAUUUAACAUCCUGGGAUUGAAGUCAUUUAACAUCAAUGUAGAAAGCUGGGAAGAGCGCGUAGAAUCCUGUCUGAUCUGGAGGGGACAUCUAGCACCGGGUGCAGCUCAACAUGAAGUGGCUUUGAUCCAGAGGAUGGAAGCAAAAUGAGAAAGAAGAAAACAGCAUGCUGGAAACUUGGACUCUUAACUCAGACAACACACGGACCUGUGAAACUACGUCGCAGUGGACGUAGUCUUUCUGGACUUUAGGAAGGCCUUCGACACUGUCUCUCCUCCCAUUCUCAUUAAAAAAUUAGGCGACUGUGGUGUCGAUGCCUACACAGUCAGAUGGGUGACAAAUUGGCUAGAUGGUCGCACCCAGAAAGUGGUGGUGGACGGGUCAUUUUCGACCUGUAGGGAUGUGGGCAGUGGGGUCCCCCAGGGCUCGGUUCUUGGGCCUGCACUGUUCAAUAUCUUCAUCAGCGACUUGGACAAGGGGGUAAAAAGCACCCUGUUCAAAUUCGCAGAUGACACUAAGAUGUGGGAGGAAGUGGGCACGCUAGAAGGGAAGAAUAGGCUGCAAUUGAACCUAGACAGGUUAUGGGGUGGGCGGGUGAGAACAGGAUGGGUUUCAACACUGACAAUUGCAAGGUGUUGCACCUGGGGAGGAGGACCCAGCAACAUACCUACAGGCUGGGGAACUCCCUUCUCGUCAGUGCAGAGACAGAAAAGGAUCUUGGAGUCAUUAUUGAUUUCAAGAUGAACAUGGGCCACCAAUGUAAGGACGCGGUCAGGAAAGUUAACUGCACCUUGUCAUGCAUCCACAGAUGCAUCAUGAGCAGGUCCAAGGAGGUGAUCCUCCCCCUCUAUGCGACACUGGUCAGGCCGCAGUUGGAGUACUGCGUCCAGUUCUGGGCGCCGCACUUCAGGAGGGAUGUGGACAACAUGGAGAGGGUCCAGAGGAGGGCCACCCGCAUGAUCAGGGGACAGCAGGGCAGGCCCUAUGAGGAGAGGCUACGGGACCUGAACCUGUUCAGCCUCCACAAGAGAAGGCUGAGAGUGGAUCUGGUGGCCAUCUAUAAACUGGCCAAGGGAGACCAGCAGGCAAUGGGAGAGUCCCUGUUCCCCCGAGCACUACAGGGAGUAACAAGGAAUAACGGCCACAAGUUGACUGAGAGUAGAUUCAGGCUAGAUAUCAGGAGGCACUACUUCAUAGUCAGGGCAGCUAGGAUCUGGAACCAACUUCCAAGGGAAGUGGUGCUCGCUCCUACCCUGGGGGUCUUCAAAAGGAGGCUAGAUAGACACCUAGCCGGGGUCGUUUCACCCUAGCAUCCUUUCCUGCCCAUGGCAGGGGGUUGGACUUGAUGAUCUGCUCAGGUCCCUUCCGACCCUACCAACUAUGAAACUUGUAAGAAGCCAUGUUGCUCUUGAAUUGGCCUUUUAAGCCACAAAUGGAUUCAUCAGGCAUCUGACUUAGACCUCUUACAUGUACACCAUGAUCCAGAAAAUCCUGGAACAUCCACACAGCUUCGCUCCUGGGACAUCCAUUGGAAGGGGAAAGCAUGGCCGUUGCUCUGAUGCACCUUGCUAAUUUCCGGGGACGUUUCAUCUCCUUGCUCUGGCUGGUACCUCUCCAAGGAGCUUCCUAUCACUUAGUGUAGCACCUUCUAUUUCUGGGGUGAAUAAAACCUGCAAAAGUAGAAGCAGCCUGCAGUCUGGCUUGUGUGGUAGUUUUUAACCUGGGAGACAGCUUGCUAGCACAGGAGGAGCUCAGGCUGCCCUUUCCCUUCACAUAGUACUUGGGAAGUGUACCCAGCCCCAUUUUGCCUCCCCUUUGUUCUUCCAGUGCUCCACCCAGCAUCUCAAUCCCCCUCUCCCAUUUCCCCACCUCUCCUCAGUCUGCAUCCCCUUCCUUCCCAGCUUUGAGGCUAUAAUGCUUCUCCCUACCCUGCUCACUUACUGCUUUGGCUGAUAUGGUCUCUUUUUCCCCUCCUCCCUGUUUUCCUUUCACCCCUCUCUUUCCAGCUCCUUACAGGCCCAGCCUAAAUCUCUGCUCAUUUCCCACUACUUCUUCAUCUUCCCCUGCUUCACCUUUUGUUGUGCAGGCAGGAUGGGGAAGCCUAGAGGCCUGUGUGCAGUUCUGGCAAGGAGCUUUAAUAAAUAACCUAGCAGUCAUCCAGAUCUUCAGUAAAGGCACCUAGGCUUUGAGUUUUCCCUGCAGGUCACAUCAUUGCCCUGCACUUUGUGUGAGGCUACAUGUGGGAACUGGAAAUAGGGCAGAAAACAGGUGACCAGUCAGUCAGACUUUUUCCCCAAGGAAGGCAUAUGUGCACAUGAACACUAAGGUUUUUCAAAGGAUGGAACUAAUCUCUAAACCCCCAAAUGGCUUAGGUCCUUGAAGCUACUUCUCCCUGGGUGACAUGGGAACUGAGAUGUUUGAACUAAUGCUAGAAAGGAGAUGCUCCCAGCAGGGCAUGUUGGUUUGGCUGGAGGAGAGAGGAGGGGUCCAGGUUAUCUUGAAGCUACUUCUCCCUGGGUGACACAGGAACUGAGAUGUUUGAUUUUUUUUUUGUAAUUUGUAUCCAAGACCAAAUUAACCAAUAUGAAUUCCAAAUCCUAGAGCUCAGAGCCAUAAGUAGCCCUACUACCAGUAAACAUCCACAACCCACACUUGGGGCUUCAGAUGUUUCCAAAACCUUUGGUGGGCAUCCUACUUGCAUGCCCAAGCCCGGACACUUGAGGUUUGGAUGCCCCUGAGUUUUGCUUGCUCUUAGCCAUAAGGCCCUUGGAGCAAGCAAGGGAGGAGACUCCCUGUUUGAACUAAUGCUAGCAAAGAGAUGCUCCCAGCAGGGCAUGGUGGUUUGGGUGGAGGGGAGAGGAGGUACCUGCCUCUGUCCUUUGCUCCUCCACUUCCUCCCCUCCAGCCCUACAGGUGCAGAGUCUCUGACCUGCAGGUUUUGUUCCAAGUCUAUGAAUUCUGCAGCAUUUAGACACACAAAGGGCCAAAGAGGUAUUUCCUAACCCCUGCAAGAGGUCACACAGCAUUCGUAUGUUAUCCUGUCUGUGCUCUAAAGGUAUCUCAGGCAGCUGGAGUGAUGGGAUCAGCAUCUUGUUACAGAAAUCCAGUCCUGGACAAAAUUUCUCUCCUUUUUGAACAGGACGAACAGAUGAGAUCCUACGGGAGACCAUUUCACUGUCAGCCUAGAUAGUUAUAUAGAGCAAUAACAGCUAAGGAGAUUGCUAAAACCAGGCACCAGGUAGUCCCUGCAGCAGCUGUCUGAUGUCAGGUCACUUUUCCUUCCUGAGCUUCCCGCCUGUUUGCAUCUUUGCCAAAGUGCCUUGAGCAUGACCUCUGAGCUAUGUAGUAUUAAUCAGUGCAAGAGGGCAAGUUGAUUACAUUUUUAAAAUGCUGAAUCAACUUAAUUGUUUAUUCCUGCUAUAAAUGCUGCUUGUCAGGAAGUGUCAAUACCACCAAUGAAUGGAGUGAAUACAUUGAUAAGACACUUUGCAUGAUUUUUUUUAAAGUCACUUAUUUAAAGAGAAACAAUUAGUUCAUUUUGAAAAAGUCUUUCCACUGUGUGUUUCUUUAGAUAACUACAAAAACACCAGCAUGCCAGAUAAUGCAGUUGGUGAAUCCUGUAAUUCAUGGGAGUAGGACCAGGCCCCAAAAGGCCACCUAGGAAAUGCUUGCAGAACAGCAGCUAUCUGAAAGUUUGAUUUCUCCCUGUAUUGUGGCCUGUAAUUGAUCUCUUAAAACACACUUCAAAGGGUUUUUAAUAACAAAGUUCUGUUGCUUCAUAGGUAAGACUGAAGGUAACUUUAACUUGUGGGGGUUUUUAAUGGACUCAUGUAUCCCUUCUGGCAAUCACAAGAAAGGCUGAUUGCACUGAUGUUUUAUAAGUCAGAGCUUCUGACAAGGCAAAGUCUCUUUCUAAAAUCUGGGAUCUUCUGAGUUGCCCCCUUCCCUGUCAAAAAAAAAUAGCUGCAAAGAUAUGUUAUUUAUUAUUUCAAAGGGAGAGAGAAAGUGGCUCAAGGGAUCAGUCACUGUCCUGAGAACUGCAUAGACCUGGCUUCAGUUCCCAGCUUUGCCCCUCACCUGUGGGCUCUGGGCAAAAUAUUCCCUUUCUCUAGGCCUGUUUUCCCCCUCAGCUGUCUUUAACUCUUGCUGCAAGACUGUGAACAAUUUGGCUUUCUCUUGCUGCUGGUUUGUACAGCACCUGACACCAUGGGGCCCUGAUAAUGCAUUAGAGCAUUGGACUUUUUGCAUACAGCCAGGGAAGAAGACUUGAGAAGCAAUAAACAUGAAUAUAUGUGUAUCUGCAGUUCAAAGGUGCAACUGCUCUGUGCAUCUCUGUUACCUGGAUUACAGGUGAACUGGAGGUUGGCUAGCAGACAAGAGGCAAGAGACAGGUCUGCAGCCCGACCUUUUAUUGCUUAUACCCCAAAACUCAGACACUUAUCCCAGAGUCUGUUUGGCUACCCAUCACAGCACAACACAAGCUCUUACAUAUACUGGCCGGGGAGAGUCAAGAAGGGGAAGAGGAUGGGGCACAGACUAGCAGCAGGUCUUUUUGAACGUGUGGAGUUCCCCAAUUUUCCUCUGGUCUAUACCCUGUACUUGGAGAUGACUAAUAAACAUUCUCUGAUUGGUUUAA